UAAAGCUUCAUAUGACAAGAAAAACUAAAUAUUUGCGUCAGCAGAAACAAAACGUCGAAAAAUAACUUUUUUGUAGGAAACAAGUUUUUACACUCGUUUUUUGUAUGGAAUAUAAAGGAAAGGGAAUAAAGGUAACAACUAGUUGAAAUAGAAGAACAACCAGAAAAGUUGCGUUACCAAAAUUAAAGUGCAUUUUAAAGCCUAAUCUGUUUAAUUUCCAUUGAAAUUAACGAGCAACUAAAGUGUUAUACAACGAAGCCUAUCAAUUAACGCACUUAGCAGGAGUGUUGCACAUUAAACAACAAGUUCUAGCAAUAUAUAAUUGAGCAAUUUAAAAAUGGCAGCAUUUUUGGUGAUUUUGAUGAUUUUUAUUACGAUCGUCAUAAUCAUGUGCAUAAUUUCAUGUUUUCUAAAUAACUCACAAUACCGAAUAUACUUUCCAAGUGUCUUUAAAAAAAAGAAAAUUUACAGAGAAGAUGAAAAUAUUAUGCAAGUCAAUGUUAGAGAGAAUAUAAAGUAUAAACAACAAAAUCAAAAAUUACAAAACGAGUUUGUUAAUUAUUUUAAAAAUAAAUUAACUUUAAAGCGAAAUUCUUUUAAGCCAAAUAAAAGUGAUACUGAAGAAUGCAAUUUAGUAAUAGCUAAAAAAUGUUCGAAGAACGACGAUAGAGAUAAAGUUGUUAUUGACGUUUCUCGUGCAGAAGCCGAUUUCCCACCUCUUCCUUCUGAUGAUGUGCUUCAAUGUACUAAUCUAAUAGCUCCGGUAAACAACCAAACGCAUCCAUCAGCCAACCAAACGCAUCCAUCAGCCAACCAAACGCAUCAAUUAACCAACCAGCUGCAUCAUUCAAUGAAUCAAUCUCAACCAUCAGGAGUUUUUGUUGAUGAUUAUUUGAAUGAUUUUUGAAAUUGAAAAACUGUGAAAUUUUAUAAAUAUUAUUUAAAAAGUCUUACUUUUACAGAAGUGCUUUUCAAAUGCUUGCUAAAUUAGCAUUUCAAUAAAAAGGACUCUUUUUCAACAAUAGUUUUAAAAUUAACAAUGAAAUAUUUAACAAAGUAUAUGAAAAACAAAAUCAAAUUUAAAGCGUAUGUAAAAGACAAAUAACAAAAACGGCAAAAAAUAAUGUUGGUAUCUUGAGUUAUUAAAAAAUCUACUUUUUUAAAAAAGAUUUUUAUAAGGAAUAAAUUUUUAGUAUAUAUUAUAAUAAUAAUAACUUUUGAAAUUUUAUAUUGAAACUAUGUAGUUGCAAAGCAAGAAGUUAAUAAUGCUUUUAUCUAUAUA